AUGACUGCUGACAUUUUUACUAAAUGGGUUCGCGCUUGGGAUCGUCAACUUGCAAAAAAGAACAAGAAAAUCCUGCUGUUAGUUGACAACUGUCCUGCACAUCGCCACAUAGCAGACUUGAAAAGCAUAACUCUGGUUUUUCUGCCUCCAAAUACGACAUCAGUGUUGCAACCCAUGGAUCAAGGGAUUAUUCGAGCUUUGAAAACACAUUUUCGUAAAAACCUUGUCCUGAAAAUAAUCCAGCUUCUAGAUGGCUGCCAAAGCACUAGUUUUGAGUACCCAAAUAUUACUGUUCUUGAUGGUAUUCUAAUGAUUCAAGAUGCCUGGACCCAUCUCAAGCAAGGCACGAUUUUUAACUGUUACAAACACGCUGGUUUUGUCCGAAGCAACGUAGAAUGUACCAUAUCUUCAAACGCAGAUGAUUUUAACGAAGAAUGUACGAUACCUUCAAACGCAGAUGAUUUUAACGAAGAAGACGACGUACCGCUGAGUGUUUGGGCAAGGGCUAUUGGUAGGCAUCACUUACCCAUAACAAAUGAGGACUUUGAACAAUACGUGUUUGUCGAUGAUGCUGUCGCCACUUGUGAUGAACCGUCUGAUGAAAACAUUGUGGAAAAUAUCAUCGCCAACGACGCGAAUAGCAAAGAUAGCGACGAUGAUGAUGGCGAACCAGAGGAGAUUCAUCCAACUUUGAGUGUGUCUGAGGCGUUGAAAGCUGCAGAAACACUCAGUGUAUAUGUUCAGACUAACUUUGAUGAUGAUCUUAUGAAAACAAUGAUGUCACAAAUUCACAAUGCCGUACGAAGUUCUUACUACCGAACAAAAGUUUGUCAAAAACAAACACAAAUAACAGACUUUCUACGUUAG